AUGACUGGGGAAGAGAAGAGAAAAGUAAUAACGAUUGAAAUGGAUGCAUUGAGAAGAUCAUGCAGAAUCUCAAAAAGAGAGAGGAUAACUAAUGAGAGAAUUAAAGACCUAAUGGGAUUGAAGGAGACAGUUUUGGAAGAAAUAAAGAGGAAACAACUUAUUUGGUUUGGAGAUGUGAAAAGAAUGAGUGACGAGAGACUCCCGAAAAUGUCAAUGGAAUAUAAUCCACAAAAAAGGAAAAAGAGAGGAAGACCCAGACAAACUUGGUACGACGGAGUAAAGUUAGCAUGUAGUGAAAAAGGGAUUAAAGAGGAAUGGUGUAUGGAUAGAGAGAGAUGGAGAGGGUUCUUGGAGAUCAGAAGGCAACAUCAGAUGCCAUAA